AUGAAACCUAAAACGGACGUUCUCAUUGUCGGCGCAGGCCCAACUGGCCUUGUCCUUGCUCUGUGGCUUCGCCAUCAAGGUGUCAAUGUCCACAUUUUUGACCAGGCAGAGGCUCCGGCGAAAGACUCGCGAGCGAUAAUUGUUCAUGCACGCAUAGUCGAGCUGUAUAGACAGCUCGGAUUGGCCGAAGACUUGCUGGCACUUGGGUAUAAGCUGCCGGCGACAAAUCUCUGGGUUCACACGCAGCACAAAGCACACAUUUCGCUACAAGAUUUCGGUCGCGAGUUGACUCCGUACCCGUUCAUGCUAAGCGCACCGCAAGAUGACCACGAAAGAAUGCUAGAAAAGCGACUGAACGACGUCGGGAUCUAUGUCGAACGAGGGUCAAAGUUGCAAGGCUUUGUGGACCACGGGUCAAGCAUCACUGCUACCCUGUUCCGCGAGAUUGAUGGGAGCUCAACCACACAUGGGGCGUCAUACAUAGUUGGCUGUGAUGGAGCACACUCCGCCGUUCGCUACGGAAUUGGUGCCAAAUUCGAGGGCGAAACAUACAAACCGCUGUUCUACAUCGCCGACGUGGAAGGCAAAAGCGACAAGCACUUCAACGGCGAAGGGAACGUGGUGUUCACAGACGACACCUUCAACCUGGUAGUCCCAUACAACAAAGCAGGCCAUGCACGACUGGUUGGUAUCAUGGCCCCGGAUAACGAUGACGAUGACCGUGAAUCGCCAGAGCACGAGCACCAGAUCACGUUUGAAGACAUUCGACCCCGAAUCACCCAAGUGAUGGAUAUAGACAUCACAAAGGUCAACUGGUUCUCCACCUACCGCAGUCACCACCGUGUGGCCGACAAAUUCCGCAGUAAUCGGGCCUUCCUUGUCGGGGAUGCGGCUCACAUCCACAGCCCAGUCGGCGGGCAGGGAAUGAAUACCGGCAUAAUGGACUCAAUUAACUUGGCAUGGAAGCUAGCAGCGGUUCUCAAACAAACAAAGAUGACCGAAGAAGCAAAACACCAACUAUUGGAAUCAUAUGAGUCCGAACGCCGCUCAUUCGCCAUGAUGAUAGUCAAGUCAACCGACACAGGUUUUAUGACCUUAACAUCCAAAGGAUUCUUCCCACACAUUCUUCGAAAUUGGCUGAUUCCGUAUCUUGUGCCACUGCUUUUGAGAUUCGGUUUUACCCGGACCAGAAUCUUCCGGGGUGCUUCUCAGCUCAUUUGCAACUAUAGAGGCAGCAGCCUGUGUCAGACUGGCCGGGGGAAAGUGCAGCCUGGCGAUCGUCUCCCGUGGGUCCAAAUCAACACGGUGGACAAUUUUUCAACCCUGCGAGAUGUUUGUUGGCAACUCCAUAUCUAUGGGGAGUCUGUACCACAACUUGAAAAGUGGGCCCAGGAGAUGAGUGUGGAAGUUUUCGUCUUCCACUGGGACGAUCAAUACGGCAAAGCCGGGCUGAUCAAGAAUGCUGUCUACUUGCUGCGACCUGAUCAGUAUAUAGCAGGCAUCUUUGAGGGCCCGUCUGUUGAGGGGCUGGACGAAUACUUCGCUGCUCGGGGACUGUACCUAGAUAGAGGCUAG